CCCGUCCCGGCCCCUGGAGGAGAGGAAACGCCAGCAGCAGCAGCAGCAGCAGCAGCAGCAGCCAGAACCAGCUCCGCACCGCAGCACCAUCACUGCUGCCUCUCGCCUGCAUAGUAACAUGGUUUGCAGGGCUCGGCUGCUGUAGCCAAGGGCCACUUAGUCAGUCAGUCACUCAGCCGGCCACUCGGUUUGUGUGUGUGUGUGUUUGUGUGUGCGUGGUGUGUGUGUGUGUGGAUGCGUGUGUGAGCGUGCAGUAAGAAACAGAGGUCUCGGACGGUCCAAGCAUCACUAUUCGUCCAGGAGGGAAGCGUCCAGAGCGAGCCCCGCGUUCCUGCAUCUCUUCCCGGCUGUCCUACACACCAGCCCCGCUGAACCGGAGCAGGGAUAACCCCCCCAUCCCCAGCUGCACCGACACUGCCUCGGCUUUAUCGGGUGUGAAAAGCGGCCUGGCUAGAGCUAUAGCUGCUGUUGUUGUCAAGGAAACUGAGAGCCCUGUCCCGUUACCAUGGGGAAACAGAACAGCAAGCUGCGGCCUGAGAUGCUGCAGGACCUACGAGAGAAUACCGAGUUCUCCGACCAUGAGCUGCAGGAGUGGUACAAGGGUUUCUUGAAGGAUUGCCCCAGUGGAACCCUGAAUGUGGAAGAGUUCAAGAAGAUUUACGCCAAUUUCUUUCCCUAUGGUGAUGCCUCCAAGUUCGCCGAGCACGUCUUCCGAACCUUUGACACCAACGGUGACGGGACGAUAGACUUCCGGGAGUUCAUCAUCGCUUUGAGCGUGACGUCACGGGGCAAGCUGGAGCAGAAGCUGAAAUGGGCCUUCAGCAUGUACGACCUGGAUGGAAAUGGGUACAUCAGCCGCGAGGAGAUGCUGGAGAUUGUACAGGCCAUCUACAAGAUGGUGUCAUCUGUGAUGAAGAUGCCAGAGGAUGAAUCCACGCCGGAGAAGAGGACAGAUAAGAUCUUCAGACAAAUGGACCUCAAUAAUGAUGGCAAAUUAUCCCUGGAGGAGUUUAUCAAAGGUGCCAAAAGCGACCCUUCCAUCGUCCGGCUACUCCAGUGCGACCCCAGCUCGGCCUCCCAGUUCUGAACUACUGCCCCGCUAUGACCCCUUCUUCCUCACCCUCUCUGUUGCUAUUGAACCAGUCACUCAAAUCAAUGCAUGAUGGUUCUCGUCUCUCAUAUCAUCUUAAAAUUUUUGUUGUUGUGUGCAAAGAUGGAGGAGGAAUUUUAAAGACGAUAAGAAAAGUCAUCACUAUUAUUUUACUUUCAUUUUUAUAUUUGGGGGAAAUAUAUGAAGGGACAUGUAUACAUUUAAUGAUCAGUCGAGAGAGGCGUCCGCUAAUGUUCCCGAAUAUCUCUCUCUCUCUGGAACGUCAGAUUUCCAGGGGGCUUGUGACAAAGUUUUUUUUUUUUUUUUUUGCAGGGUGAGGAUUACUCAGUUUCUCCUCCAACACACAUGUAUAUCAUGUAUAUACUGUAUGUCUAUGUAUAUCAUAAGAUGAAGUACAUUCGUCUUCAUGUAUGGUGCACACUCUCUGGCAUUGAAAGGCAGUAUUAUGUAGCGUAGCUUCCUGGUCUGA